GCCCGCCAGAGACGGCCGCACCGCAGCGCGCGCCUCAUUCAGCCGCUGCUGCGCCCACACACUCCUCCCAACCACCACCAUCCCUGCUCCACCAUGCUGCCCUCGUCCUCCUCCAGCUACUGGUCCGCGCCGCAGCCGCACACGCACGCCUGGCCCGCCGCACCCGCGCCGCACUGGGACGCCCACCACCGCCCCGCGGCGUCGACGUCGGCGCUCUACAGCCACCACCACCAGGCACCGCCGCCGCAGCCGCAGCGCCCGCAGAUGCACGCCCAGGCCUCGUCGUCGACCGCCACGCCGCCGCCCGUGUACGCAGCCACGGGCCGCAAGCGCAAGCGCCUGCAGCGCGCCUGCGUCAGCUGCCACAAGGCCAAGCGCCGCUGCGACGGCGGCCUGCCGUGCGGCAACUGCGAGUUCGGCGGCCGCCUGUGCAUGUACACCGACGCCGCCGGCCAGCCCGUCGCACCGACGCAGCCGCGCGACGCCGCCUCCGACACGCGCCAGGCGUCGGGCAGCACGCCGCUCGCCGUGCACCACACGCCGCUGCCGCCGUCGCCGCCCGCCAUGGCCAGCUCCUACUCGCAGGCCGCCGAGCCCGCACACGCACACGCACACCAGCACAGCCGCUCCUUCUCGUCGGCCUCAGCGUGGGACGCACCGGCUCCGGGCGCAUCCCCGCGCUCGCCCGUCGCCUCGUCGGCACGCUCGUCGUAUGAGGCCAAGGUGGCGCACGCCGCGCUGCCGCCGCCCGACACGCGCCGCGAGCUGCUCGGCAUCUUCUUCGCCCAGCUCACGCCCUUCAGCGCCGCACUCGACGAGGUCAGCUUCCUGCGCGACCUCUCCAGCGACGACGUGUCGCCCGUGCUGCUGCUCGCCAUCUCGGCGCUCAGUGCGCGCUUCACCGGCCCGUCGAGCGCCCAGCCGUGGGCCAACGGCGAGUCGUACGCGCGCGCCGCGCGUCGCCUGCUCCACGACGAGGACAUGGACGGCAACUGCGCGCUCGACGCCGAGCGACCCGACCUCGACACGUGCAUGGCCACCUGCUUCCUCGCCGCCCACGAGCUCGGCAUGGGCCGCCUGGCACGCGCCAGCAUCUACAUGGGCCUCUGCGCCCGCCUCGUGCGCGCCAUGGGCCUGCUGCACGGCCACCUGCCGUCGCGCGGCCGCCGUGAUGAUGCCUCGGCUGCCCGUCGGGGCACCACGACGCGCUUCGCCGUCCUUGCCCUUUCGUUCGACGUCCUCAUCGCCCUGCUCGCCGGCCAGCCGCCGGCGUUCGCACCGAGCGAGCUCGCCGAGGCGCAGUCGACCUUCGACGGCACGGCCGCCACCGACGAGACGGCGGCCUUCCUGCGCCUGCUCGGCGCCAUGUCGCUCCUGGCGCGUGCGCUCGACGGCAAGCGCCGCGGCAGCAGCGCCUCGGGCGACGCCGACGUCGAGGCCUCGUUGAACCGCUGGGCCUCGGGCCUGCCACGCUCUGCCCACUUUGACGCCACGAACCUCUCGGCCUGCUCGCGCGCCCUCGCCGCGUCGGACAACGACGGCAACCCGUCGGCGAGCGCCGCGUGGUGCUGGAUGCUGAUGCACGCCGCCGCCGAGUGCACGACCUUCCUGCUCUUCGCCCACAAGCGCGCCGCGGCCGUGCAGAACGUUGAGAUCCUCCUCGACGGCAUGGGCACGCUCGGCCUGCGCUCGCCCUUUGCGCUGCUGCCGCUCACCGUCGCGUCGCUGUCGUCGGGCAGCGCGUCGCUCGCGCGCCACUGGGAGACGACGAGCUCGGCGUGGUCCGUCGGCCGCAGCGCUGCCACGGCCUCGCUCUCGGCGCUCCUCUCGACGUCGGGCUCGCCGCGCACCUCGCCGCCGUCGUCGACGCUGCUGCUGCCGGCGCCGUCCAUGUCGGGCGGCCGCUCGCCGUCGCUGCUGCCGCCGUCGCCGCGCAGCAGCGACACGACGCCGAACCUGCUGAAGCGCGCCGCCGCCGCCGAGCUGGCGCCGCCCAAGCCGCGCCACCACGCGUCGGCGUCGGGCGCCUUUCUGCCGUCGCUGAACCGCCUGCCGGCGCUGCGCCUCUCGCCGCCGCUCUCGCUCGGCAGCAGCAGCGGCGGCAGCGGCGCCGAGACGCGGCCCAGCCCGCCGGGCUACGACCUCGCCGCCGCCAUGGCGCCGUCGACGGCGGCGCCCCCGGCCGCGGCGCUGCCCUUCUCCACGUUCCCGCGCUCGCCCACGUCGUCGGCCGCCGACGACCUGCACAGCGUGUGGGGCCCGAUGCGCGACGCCCGCACGCGCACCCUCGCGUAAGGGACCGCCUGCUGCUCCGACGCUGUUGUACCCUGUAUCCUGCCUCCUGCUCCUGCUGUACUGUACCUCGGCCAUGUCUUCAAGUGAUGCUCCGCACCGUGCCUCUGUGUGAAGCGUGUGUGAUGCGUGUGUGGUUGGGUGCGUGGAUG